AACAUUCUCACUGGUUACCAGACUCAGACACUUGCUCAUCGACUACAUGAACAGCAAAGCCCCUUCGAUCUUGCCGUUUAGCAGCCCCUUUGCCGACGUCAUUUUACGCUCAUCGGAAGGCACCGACUUCCGCAUGCUUAAGGUCGACCUCAUACGCUCUUCGCCCAUGUUUGAGAGCAUGUUCUCUCUCCCGCAGCCUGCGAAAUCCCGUUCUUCGGAAGACUUCAAGGACGGGCUCCCAGUCGUACCCCUCGCAGAGACCGCUGAUGUCCUAGACGUGCUCUUGCGCUUCUGCAUGCCAGGCACAUCGCCACAGCUCGACGACCUCCGCCUGAUCUGUCAGGUCACGGAGGCUGCGAAGAAAUACGACAUCGAGACCGCAACCCACGCUUCGCGGGAAGCAUUGAACAAGUGCGCUCAAGAGGAUCCCGUCAGGGUGUAUGCCAUCGCGUGCCGCCUGCGCCUCGAGCGGGAGGCGCGUCUCGCGGCGCGCCUUACACUCCACCAGCCGGUAUGGAGCACUCUGUCUUGUGAGGCAGAAGAGCUCAACGGCAUUGAUGGACACGAGUUCCGGCGGCUUCUCAAGUAUCAGGAGAGCUGCAGGGACAACGUUCUCAAGCGCGUGUCUGCGUACAGCUGGGUGCUGAGCCUGCCCUCACCUGCUCGCUUUUGGGAACGGUCAUGCUGCGGACAAAGAGCAUCGUAUGUGGACGGCACCUGUCAGCCAAGACAGGUCCAGACGUGGUGGGAGCAGUAUAUGCGAAAGACAAUCGAGAAGCUGAGGGCUAAGCUGGAUAGCGCAGAGGUGUCGAGCGAGGACGCAUUCUCGUUGUUUCUCCGUGAUGCGCGAUGCGCAACAUGCCAGGUCAUUGCUGCUACGCAUAUAACUACAUUUAUCCGGAAGAUGGCUUCAGAAGUCUCAGGCGAGAUCUCCAAGGUCGAGCUUGAGUUUGUGUCUUAGUCGCCCCUGCCCUUUCUCCCUAUGCGAGAUGUCUUCACGGCUACUAAGUACGACGGCUAAUGAAUACUCGCUUAGGCGCAUGAUAUACUUCAACUACAGUAGUCGAUAAAGGACACGAUGCUUACAUUUUACUUGUCAUUAACAUUCUCGAAAAACUGGACAGUCCCCUCAGCCUAUCUUAUCCUCAGAACUCCUGAGCUCAAUCCGAUCGGUGUCGCAGGAGAGAAACAUAUGGAGGUAUAUUACUUGCAUUCGUCAUCAGACCGGAUGGAAAGCCUGUAUUCACCGUAUCCACAGUUGCUGUGCAGACGUCGUUUUGCGCCUACGACUUCCGC